GUGACAGAGCGCCGCAGUUGGUGCCUGACUACCGUGGAAGGCACACGUUACUCUCCCUCUCUGUUCCCGAUCCUGGUGUGGAUGCGGCUGACUCACUCGAAGACACGACUGACACACUUUGUCCAUAAUUAAAAAAAAAAGAAGUCACUGAGUAUUUAACUAUUUUCUACGUCUAACGAGUUUAAUACUUUUGAGUUAUAUCUGGUAUUUUCACUCGGAGAUGAAAGCCGCUUAAUUAAGACUGCGAUUGGAAAAAAGUGUGACGAACCUAACCCUAGGAUAUGAAAUAUCUUGACGAAUGAGUGAUAUCUUUUAGCGAUUCAUCCUGAUUAGUACCUUCACGAUAAAACGGAUUAACUAUCGUUAACGAACUACGAAUAGUGACUAUUAACUGUUGAUUACGACUAGACGACUCCAGCGUAAGUGUGGCCUUAUGGGAGGCCUAUAAUCCCUGGCCUCAUCGUGGGAUUCUUUCUGCAUUUAUUUGCAUACUAUAGUUGUUCAAGAUGAUGUGCAGGCGCGUGCUUAUCCUACUACUGGCGACAUCUGUAUUGACAGACGAUCAUCUGUCGGAGGCAGAAAUAGUCGUGGAGAGACCCGGUGGAUCUGCGGUGGGAACAACCUCAGGAGGAGUUCAAUCUAUAGGAGGUGAAGAGGAUAGUUUUAGAAAGUCUCGCCAGAUGGAUACUGAACUAACACAACGUCAGGGGCCUUUCGGUCGACCGAAUAUGGUUUCCAUGACAGUCAAUGCUCUUAACCCUAUGCCAUACGUGAUGGGCGGCCUUAAAGGUGUGCGGGAUGUAGUGAGGCAAAGGUUUUUCCCUUGGCGCGGCAUGGUGCUUGACAACUUCGCAAGGGUCUUCCCGCGUCAGAGAUUCAGGGGUGGGGGGCCACGCCCCAUUGGCAUGCCUGGGCCAGGUUUUCAUGGAGGCCCAGUUAGGCAGAGCUUUGGUGGUGGUAUUGAGCAUGGCGGUGGUGGUGGUGGUGGUGGUGGGGUUCAUAUUGGUGGUGGGGGAUCCUUCAAAGGCUCAGUUGGUUCCAGUUCUAGUAGGUUUCGAGAUGAAGUAAGUCCGUUAACAACAGAUGACCCUUCUGGGGUUCAUACGCCUCUUAGGGGAAGUAUAGAAAAAGGAAAUCUAGAUUUUAAUACCCCGAAACCCAAGAGCAUCAUCAGUGCAUCAUCAAUAAGUACUGAAUCUUCUGGAGCUGAUAACAAGCCGCAUAGACCAAAUGAUAUACGAAAUGAUGUUUUUUCUUUGUCUAAUUUGAAGACCUCAACCCCAAGUUUUUCUUCUUCACCAACUGAAGAUCUUAGUUCUGGGCAUGAUAUAGUUUCCCCUCUUGUCCCUACAGAAAAGACAAAAGUCAUCAGUAUAGAAAUUCCUAAAGAAUUUGAUGAUUUAUCUGUGUUAGAGGUUAGCAUGAAAUCAAAUGGGGAUGUAUCUGUAGGUUCCAAAAAUGUUACAAAUCAUGCAGCAUUCCCUGAGCCUUUUUCGCGUGCAAAUCCCCAUUUUUCUGCCACUUGGAAUGACCAUAAAUUUACUAGUCAAAGCAAGGUUGAGUCUAGACUUACUAACCCUUCAAAUCUUCAUAUUGGUAUUCCUACUAACCCAGAUAGUUAUAGAGGAUCCAUUACAUGUCUGAAUGCUUUAAAUAAUGGCCAGGUUAAAUCAAUUCAGGAUGUUUUAUGCAUGCAAAACUCUGGAAAUAAUAAUAAAAUUAAUGGAAAUAGUAUAAGACCUGAGUUUAGCUCUAUAGGUAAUCAACAUCAGUCAGAUAUUCAAAAUAAUGGCAUUGAUAACUCUUUCCAAAGGCAAAAUUCAGUGCCACAUUUCUCAGCAAAUUUUGGUCCAGAUAAGCAAAAUAUAAAUCACAUCUAUUUUGUGCCUUUAAGUGUACCUGCACCUCAUCAUAGUAUCAUUCCACAAGUUCACGGUGCAUCUAUGUCAAAUACUCAGCAUGUUAGUUCAUUUAGUCAAAGCAGUCGCACUAUUCCUAAAGAAAGAGAUCCUAACGUGUUUUACAUUGAUAUUACCAUUCCAGGGACUGAGAAUGCUGAGCCAUCAAUCAGGAGUAGAUCAAAGAGAAGCCUCCAGUUUGACGGUUGGUAUCCAAUGGAUGUAAGCAAUCCUAUGUCAGAUGAACCAACAUUAGGGUACCAGCCACCACCUCUUGAAAGAGUCCACUUCAGUGAUGAUCCAGUUACUGAUAAACCCAUGUAUCCAGUUAAACCAAAAAAUCCCACUGUGUUUGUGGUGAGAGCUGAGCCUAGAGAACCUGAGCUACAUUCAGUUUAUGGAACUGAAAAUGUAGAAUAUUUCCAUAUUCAUCCACAGACAAAUACCAUAAGAGCCUUCCGAGCACCAGAUCAGAGCAUUGGAGCUAUCCAGUUUGUAUCUCCACCCCAGUUUGGGGAGUCAGAAGGGAACUCUAACCAUAAAAAAUCUGAAACCAAAAGCAUAACAGAAAAGGAAGUAGGGUCUGGUAGUGAAGAUGGACUUUUUGAUGAUAUUCGGUUUAUUGACACUGCUUCUCAGUAUGCCAGUGACUACGAUCUUGACAUGGAUGGGUCUUUUUCAGAAUACUCACCUGUUGUAGUAAGACCGCAUGACUUCCAUCGUAGAGAUCCACCUGGUUUCAGAAGGUAUGAAUUCCAGGAAACUCCAGCCCGACGUCGAGUUGAUGUUAUUGACUUACCACCAUCCAGACAAAGAGAUACUUCAAGAUCUAGCAGGCCAGCACUUUAUGAAUUAUUGGGAAAUGUUAAGUAUGAAUCACAGAUAGAAGAAACUCCAUAUUUGGGAUCUGCAACAGAUUCAGCUAGAACAUCUGUUUUUCGAGAAGUACCUCCACCAAAUUUCUUCCAAGGCCAGACAUCAGGCAGGUAUAGUAGUCAAAAUGUUGACAAAGACAUACGAAGAUCUGGUCCCCGAAGACCUUCCUACAGAAAUACUGGACUAGAUGACUCUUCAUCACACCCUUGGUACCUCAUUGAUACAAAAUCAGAGAGAAGGAGAGAACCUUCAAUUGCUUCAUACAUUCACCCAGAAACUCGCUUGGGAGAUGAAAGGGUUCAUUAUAAACCUUUUGGGCCUGUAGCUUAUGUUUCUAAAGACUCUGAACGAACAAGACAAAGGGACUCUAUCUAUAAUCCACACCUUGAUGACCACAUGAAUUCUUAUAAGCCCAGUACAAGCUUGAUAGCUAAUAGCUUAUCAGAACUCCUCCAGAUCUUUAAAUACACUCAAGUAACAGAUAAACCAGGGAAAGAUUCACCAGGUGAGGAUGGCAUUACUCUGGUGAGAGAAUUCCGUUACACUCGUCCAACAGAAGAAACCCCAACAACAGUAUCCUCAUUUGAAGAAAACCUCUCAAGUGACAAUGGAUACACAUCUACCCCACCAAGUGUCAAAAAUGAUAUAACUAGAAAUGUGACAGCUAAUCCAGAAAAAGUAUCUUAUGAUGCUGUUGCUGACACCAAUUCACUUGAUGGCUAUCUGUUUUCUGACUCUGAGGCAAGCCCAGAGUAUGCCCAUCCAGAAGUCAAGCCAAAUAUUGUAAUUAUUGAAGGAAAAGAUAUUGCUACUUCUAAAGGUCUAAUUAAAGAUAACAUAAGACCUACUAGUGUCAUACGUCCAAAUGCCACACGUGAAAAUGUAAGAAUUACUUCAGCUUCCUCCAGGACGGAGAAACCAACUUUUGGUGGUCUGGAGAUAAUAUACCCUGGCCCAGAACCGAAAACAACGACUUCCAGGUCGUCGCUAUCAUCUUGGCCUUUGUACGUCAUACACGAAGGUCACUCCAAAGUUAAACUCUUUGGAAUCAAUACAACGAAAGAUAAAAACUCUUUGUCAAAAAACAUUGAACUUUUGCACUUAACAGAAGAACCCACUACUUUUGCCACAGAAACCGAGCCACCUGAGACAACUACCCCUAUCCCCUUCACCAGCACCAAUCUCGAUAUCACUUCCACGCACAUCCUAGUUGACCACAACAACACUUAUUUACCAACCACCACCCUUGAACCUACGAGCACUUCACCCACCUUUGAUACAGACAACCAGGAUGUGCCCAGGGAGAAUACCAAUAAUAACAGCGAGUACGAAUACUACUACUAUGACGAGGAGGAGCUGGUACCUGAAGCGGCCUUCGCAGGAAGCUACCACUCAGAAGGAUGGGAACAUCCGAGUCUCAGACUCCCUGGGCCUCCCGUGUCUCCAGUUGCCCUCAACAUUCCACCACCUGUGCCUUCUCAGAGGUCGCUCGCGGGAGACAUUGUUAUUCCCCCAUCCAGUGCUGCUUUUGCCCACGUUUUCCAAGAGCGGCUGCCUCGCCCAGAAGGCGUUGCGUCUCUUAGCCCAGACCAGAUACCAUUGUUGCCUGACGUAUCUCUCACCAGAGACCAGCUCUCUGUUGGCAGACCAGUCUUCUUCACCAAGCGGCAGCAGCAGCAGCAGCCUGAUGUCGCCGAAAAGGACGCCAGUAUUUCACAACCCUUCGAGUACUUGUCCCACCUUCGAGAACUCGGGCGGGAAAAACGAUCUUCCACAACACACGAGAGAGACAGCGUGCAACUCGGGGAGGAGGGCCAAAGAGCAUCCGAAAUCAACUCACAAGCGUGACUGUAGAUAUUUGAUUUUAUUAUUUAAAGCCGAUUUCUGUGUCAUUGUAUAUAAAUAACUAUCUUGUCUACGGCGGAAGAGAGGUAAAUGAGGUUGCUCUUUGGGUGUGUGGUGCUCUGAAAUAGUUUUACAUAAAGACAUUUUUGUAUAACAGAAUUUUCUUCAGCUCUCACUACCUGCGAUCUGAAAGAGACAGCGUUCGUUAAGGUUUUGCUCAACUUUGCUCAGUUCUACUGUUUUAUUCAAAUUAGAAUGGUUGCCAAUACAAUAUCCAAAGAGAAACGUUCAAAAGAAUCAAGGAAAGACAGUGCUAUGAAGAAGUUCCUGAUCAGAUGUCAAAUUACCAAUUAAUGAUAAUAGUAUAGACAAUCAACUUGCACUUAAAGUAAAAACGAAAGCGAAGUUAUUUUCGCUGCCAGUAAAAUGUCAACGUUUAAUAGCACAUAAUUAUAGCAGGAAAAGAUUUGGUAUUAUAAACAUUCGAAAUUUAAAGUGCUUCGUUAAACGGUAUGUUCAUUAUUUUGCUUUUUGAUGCAGUAAAGUGUUGCGUGUCAUU